UGGCUUCCUCCACCACCGAAAUCGACAAGCUCGCCCGCGGUCGCAUAUAACUUCCCGUCCUUCUGCCCAUCCGCCGGUUCCGCAUAGGUGUCACGCAUACGCCAGCCAACGACCGAGUCGAGCAUACUUGCAGUUAUUUGAUCCUUGCCGUCCGUCAUUCGGCAGCGCUUGUUGGCGGAGCACACGCGUCUGGGGAGCCAGCUGGCCUGCUCUGCCGUACUGAGCGACGAGGAGCAUGUUCCAGUAGCCAAGAUGGACGCCAACAUCCAGCGAGCCCUAAAUGACAAGCUGUACGACAAGCGCAAGGUUGGCGCGCUCGAGCUCGAGAGGGUUAUCCGAGAUCUCGUCGCGACCAAGGACUUCCAACGCGUAUACGACAUUCUCGAGCAGCUUUGCAAUGACUACGCUUAUGCAGUCCAUCAACCGCAUGCCCGCAACGGCGGUUUGAUCGGCCUUGCUGCCGCCGCCAUCGCCCUUGGACCCGUAAGCUGUCGCUGCCGCCCCUAUCCCACCUGAGGCACCAGUGUCGCGCAAGUGGUGGUUCGUGUUAUGAGGCUGUGGUUGCGGUCCUCGCUCGUUUUGAAACGCUGUUCCCCACGUGCUGUUGUCUAACCUCGCCACUGACCUCUUUCCCGCAGGAGCUGCCGCGCUAUCUAGCCAGGAUCGUGCCUCCGGUCUUGGCCUGCUUCACGGACCAAGAUGCCCGGGUUCGCUACUACGCCUGCGAGGCCAUGUACAACAUCGCCAAGGUCGCCAAGGGGGAGAUCCUCGUAUAUUUUAAUAACAUAUUCGAUCAGCUCUGCCGCCUUGGUGCCGAUUCGGAGCUCUCGGUGAAAAACGGGGCUGAACUUCUAGAUCGUCUCAUCAAAGACAUAGUUUCCGAGUCGGCUGCGUCGUACGUCUCGGUGUUAGAAGCACCACCGGAUCUCGGUGAUGACGACAAGGCAGGCCCAGACGAUCCGCGCACGCAACUACCAACUGCCUUCUCACUGUCCCGGUUCAUUCCACUUCUGAAGGAGCGUAUUUGGGUCGUCAAUCCCUUCACACGCCAGUUCCUCGUUGGCUGGAUAACUUUACUGGAUUCUAUUCCCGACUUGGAGUUGGUUACUUAUCUACCCGACUUCCUCGGCGGGCUUUUGAAGUUCCUUGGCGAUCAGAACUCGGACGUCCGGACUGCAACGCAGGCGUGCCUUGACAAGUUCCUCAAUGAAAUCCAGCGCAUUGCUCGUGUCAAGAAAGGGAUCGCCGACAGUCGGAAAUCCAGGGAAGGCGGCAAGAGAAAACGACAAGAUUCGAUUGAUACGGACAGCUUCCACCCUGACCUGGAAGAAGGCGACGAGGUCGAUUCAGAUCCCGUCGAUGAUAACGAUGACGAGAGCGCGGUCGAGGAUUGGAUACCCGGACAGGAUGUGGAGAUCAAUUACAAGGAGGUUCUAGAGAUAUUGACGUCAACGCUGGACUCACCACUAGAAGAGGAUUGUCUCCUAGAAUCACUACGUUGGAUUGUUGAGUUUUUAGACAUUUAUCCUGAGGAGGUCCUUCCCUUCACACCCAAGAUACUGGCACAUAUGCUCCCGGCCAUGGCCAGCAGCAAGGACACUAUACACCAGGCCGCGACCCGCGUUAAUAACCGCCUCAUGGAAUACGUCGUUUCAUUGUCUGACGAGUCGGGAAUUGGGGCCUAUAACGGAGCCGCACCGCACUUUCAAUCGGCAUCAAGACUUGCCCUGCCUACCGACAGACUGGACGACUCUCACAGUAAUCGAGUUUCCCUGGCAAGUUCACGCGAUCAGGACGUCCAAAGCCCCACACCUGGUCAGGGCAGAUCACUUUCGUCGCCCGCGGGCGGCUUCGUUUCGUACUCGCAGAGUGACCUGGACUAUGCUGCGGCUGUGAACUCACUAACACUGCUGUUUCUGAACGACCAUGAGGCAACCCGUGUGGCGGCAUUAACCUGGCUUAUUAUGCUUCACAGAAAGGCCCCACGCAAGGUGCUUGCCUUUAACGAUGGAACCUUUCCCGCGCUCCUCAAAACCCUAUCCGACCCAUCUGACGCUGUCGUCAAGAAGGAUCUCCAGUUACUCUCACAAAUUUCACGGAAUAGCGAAGAUGACUACUUUGCUAACUUCAUGGUGAAUUUGUUGCAACUAUUCUCGACGGACCGGAAGCUGUUAGAAACUAGGGGCAACCUAAUCAUCCGCCAACUGUGCACGAGCCUCAGCCCCGAGCGGAUAUACCGCACACUCGCGGACUGCAUAGAAAAAGAGGAAGAUGUCGAAUUUGCCAGUAUCAUGGUUCAGAAUCUUAACAACAACCUUAUCACAGCACCACAGCUUGGUGAGGUACGGAAGAGACUGCGCAAUCUCGAAACUAAGGAUGGGCAGACGCUAUUUGUCGCGUUGUUCAGAUCUUGGUGCUACAAUGCCGUCGCCACGUUCUCCUUGUGCUUGCUCGCCCAAGCAUACGAGCAAGCAUAUCAUCUCCUCCAGAUCUUGUGAGUGCAGGAAUUUCGAUAUCUGGCAAGUAUGUCACGAGCAUUGACGGCAAACAGUGGCGAACUGGACAUGACUGUCGACCUAUUGAUCCAAGUCGACAAGCUGGUGCAGCUAAUUGAGUCACCUGUCUUCACAUACUUGAGGCUCCAGCUGCUGGAGCCCGAAAAGUAUCCAUACCUGUACAAGUGCAUGUAUGGCAUCCUUAUGCUGCUACCGCAAUCAUCCGCUUUCGCCGCGUUGAAGAAUAGGCUCAAUAGUGUGAGCUCCAUCGGCUAUUUGCAUGUGGCGCCACGAAGCGCAUCAACUUCUACAAGCAGCUCCAACUAUGAUCGUCCAAACCGACUCAAGGGUCGUGAUGAUGGCAGCAUCCGCUGGGUGGAGCUUCUAGAAAAGUUUCGUAGCGUCCAAGAGAGGGCAAGAAGGGUGCAGCGACACACUCUGGAAGGCGAGGAAGCGCCGGUGCCAGGGUUUGGUGACCUGCGCGUAGGCGAGGUGUCCCUCGAGGCGAAGGGGAAAGAGGGUCGGGGCACGGGUCCGGGGGUUGCGCCCCCAAUGCCUCAGAAAGAUGUUGCGCCAGUGUUGCCGGCACAGCCAGCAAAGAAGUCUGGCCUAGGACGACAGUUUGGGAGGCUUGGCGGUGCAGUAUCUGGCAAGAACAGGCGAAAUCAGUAGCUGGCAGCGGACAACGGCGGCUCGGCAAUGAGUCGCGAAUAGCAAACGGUGGGCUGGUUGGCGUUUGUUCAGAAGGGUACUACUGUACGUCUAGGGAGGAACGUACCUCAACAGACCAUUCAUUUACGGGCGGUUCAAAUGACUGUCUCGGUCCAUGAG